AUGGAGGCAGUCUUGACUGAGGAGCUUGAUGAAGAGGAACAGCUGGUGAGACGGCAUCGCAAAGAGAAGAAGGAGCUGCAAGCCAAAAUACAGAGUAUGAAGAAUGCUGUUCCCAGGAAUGACAAAAAGAGGAGGAAGCAACUUACAGAAGAUGUUGCUAAGUUAGAAGCAGAAAUGGAACAGAAACAUAGAGAGGAGCUGGAUCAGUUGAAGCUGACUUCCAAAGAGAGUAAAAUAGAUUCUGUUGCUGUUAAUAUUUCAAACUUGGUUCUUGAGAAUCAGCCACUUCGGAUAUCAAAAGCACAAAAGAGACGGGACAAAAAGGCUGCGUUGGAAAAGGAGCGGGAAGAAAGGAUAGCCGAAGCUGAAAUUGAAAACUUAACCGGAGCUAGACAUGUAGAAAGUGAAAAACUUGCUCAAAUAUUGGCAGCCAGACAGUUGGAAAUUAAACAGAUUCCAUCUGAUGGCCACUGUAUGUAUAGAGCCAUUGAAGAUCAGCUGAAAGAGCAGAACGGCGUUCUGACUGUGGCUGCCUUAAGGUGUCAGACUGCUAACUAUAUGCAGAGUCAUGUGGAAGACUUUCUGCCAUUUUUAACAAAUCCUAAUACCGGAGAAAUGUAUACUCCAGAAGAGUUUGGAAAGUACUGUGAUGAUAUUGUAAACACAGCUGCAUGGGGGGGUCAACUUGAGCUAAGAGCCCUGUCUCACAUUUUACGAACACCGAUAGAGAUAAUACAGGCAGAUUCUCCUCCUAUAGUAGUUGGUGAAGAAUAUCCAGAAGAUCCAUUAAUACUUGUUUAUAUGAGACAUGCAUAUGGCUUAGGAGAACACUACAAUUCUGUUACACGGUUGGUGAACAGAGCUACUGAAAAUUGCAGCUAG